CAACGGUCGCCGAGGCGGGGGAGAGCGGCGCCAUGGGGGAAAGCAGCGGCGGCCGGGGGGCAAACCCCGACCGCCUGGCGCUGGAGCUGGGGCGGGAGAGGCGGAAGAAGCAAAUGCUUGAAGUCUCAAUAUUUGAACUGAGAAACACAGUAACAGAACUGGAAAAAAGACUUAGCAGUGUUGAAGAUGAAGGUAACGAAUGGAAAACCAGAUAUGAGACACAAGUAGAACUGAACAAACAGCUGGAAAGGCAAAUUAAUAUUCUUCAAGAGAAGAUAGAGCUUAUUCGUGGUAAUCCAGCAGAUAAAUUGUCCACUGUGCGCAGCUUUGAUCAAAUGCCUGUGGAUUCCUUAAAGGAGGUUCUUAAAAAACUAGAAGAAGAGAAGAGAAGUGUUCAGAAUCAGCUAAAAGACUAUGAACUUAGACUGGAACAGGAAACAAAGGCUUACCACAAGGCUAAUGAUGAGCGGCGCAUGUACCUCUCAGAGAUCUUACAGACAUCAGCUUCGCUUAAAAUUGUUGAAAGGCAAAAAACAGAUGCUCUGAUGCACAAGGGAGAAAACAAGAUACUGAGAGGGAGAUACAGUGUUUCAGGAAACACGAAGAUGGUUAAUCCUCAAAAAGGAUUCGUUAAAAAGACUGUAGGAACAAAGCAGCUUCCAAAACUAAAGCACUGAUUUAAUAUUAAUGCCAAGACCUUCCAAUUGCUUUUAAAAAAUUUAAUUUAACAGGAAGUUUCUAAAUUGAAAAUGAAUGUAUUUGUGCCAUCCUAUUAUACCAAACCCAGAUCGGUAUGUCUUCUUGGCAGCCUUAAUGUAAGUGUUCCUCUGCCUAAAGGAAUUGUUCUUCUAGUUGGCACCUUUAUUCUGGUGAUCUCUGACCCUUUUCACUCUGGUUCUCAUCAGUGACUCAGGAAGCCUUGGAAACAUUGAAGUCCUUUAUACAUUAGGUAGAUCCUUGAACUCUUUGACUGCACAGCAACCACUAAAAACAAACAAACCUCUACAAUUUUUGAUCUCAACCAAGAAGAAGAAAAAGGCAGACUGAUGUAACCUGAAGUAUUAUCUCACCACUCCGAAUGGUAAAUCUCAGAUAAAAUCCAUCCAAGGGCAUCCUCAUUCAGUACAGGCCCCAGAGAGAGACUCUCAAGUAGUCGUAUGAUGGUACAGCUGAACACACCUUUCAUUUAGCUUUUGAAUAGACUGACAGCAUGGUUUACAAGCCAGCCUGAUUUCUUAUGUGAUACCAUACUGUAGGGUCCCUUUACAGCAUAACGUUGUUUUAUAUUCUAUGAGCUUCCUCACUGUAGCAGAGAAGACAAUACAACUCCAAAUUUAACUAUUUUAAAAGCUGGCUUGCUGCAGAUCAUGUGUUGACCACCACUUUCUGUUUGCAUAGUUUAGAAGCACAGCACCAUUUCAUAGAAUCAUAGAAUCAUUUUGGUUGGAAGAGUCCUGGAAGCUCAUGAAGUCCAACCAUCAACCUAACACUGCCAAGUUACCACUAAACCAUGUCUCCAAGUGCCACAUUCACACAUCUUUUAAAUACCUUCAGGGAUGGCGACUCAACGGCUUCCCUGGGCAGCCUGUUCCAAUGCAGAUGAACCUUUGUAUCCACAGUCUGGGUUCCAUAAAAAUCUCUUACGUGUUCCUCAGUGGCACUGAUCCAUGUAUUUUUAGGGUAGAAAAUAGUGCCAGUCUUUAAAGUCAUCUCUUCUAUGAAAGUCAGACUACUUCGUAUUUUCAUUCUUAAGCAUGCAAUUAUUGUUGCAGUUUCAUUAUCUACAUUUUAGUCAGUAAACUUCAGCAGAAUUUUUUUAAGUGGCAACAGGAAAAAUGUUUUGGUAAUGAAGUUUCAAGCCUCUGGGUUACCUCCUAAAAGCUCUUCGCAGAGCAAAUGUGAUUGAUUGACUGCCCUUUUAUUAUUUUUAAGAGCAUCCCUAGCUCUUUGCAGUGUCUAAUAAAGCUUUUUGCCUCUUUAAGAGCAGUACUAAUAGUUCCUUAUUACUGGCAGCAUUAAAGUGAGGCUGUAAUUAAACUCACACAAAAAGAUCAAUGAUGUCAUUCUAAAAUGCAGAGAGAGAAGACCUGCAGUAUUGUACAGCAUAUUCAAUAUGGAAAACUCAUUUUUUUCUCUUGCAUAAUAUGAGAUUUAUUACAGAUAUUUCUAAUGCUACCACGAUGCACCUGGCAUCUUUCUUUCCUAAGCAGGGUGGUCUGCCCAGCCAGGUUUUUCCCCACCGUCACAGCUGAAAGCCCAGCACAGCUGAUUAGGGUAGCACUCUUCUGUUCCCUUUUUUUACAUGGAAGGCUUCCAGAUUUUGAUUGUGCUGGCAUUUGUCAUUGUGGAGAAGGAGAGGGGGAAGAAAAGAAUCACCAUAAUGGUCCUGUUGGCAUAAAAGACAAGGGACAUCUGCAGCAGUGAAGAAUAUCCAGUUCUUGGAUUCGUGCAGCAGACAUUGACUGCUGCUGCCUCUGAAUCAAACGUUAGUUAAUGCACUCGGGUUCAGUCCCUGUAGCACCUCAAAAUAACUGGAAACAUUGCAAAAAUGUGUCUGAGCAGCAUUUAUUCACUUGGACACUUCCCUCACGGGUAAUCCUCACUGAGGACUUAAAAAGAGACUUUUUUUUUGAAGCCUAAGAAGAUAAAGUUUGGUACAGUUUGGUACAGGAGUGGCCUGCGGAGAGGAGCAGACUCUGUCCUUCUUAGCCCCCGUUUCAGCUCGCAGGAACAAGCUCAUGAUUUGAAACUCGGUAGUAUGAUAAUUAAGCCCUAAAACAUGUGUUUGACCAUUCUGAUUGUGUGUCCAGCUGUAACAUUUGCUGUGCAAAAUGGUUAUAGUUCUGUACUCUUACUCUUUACAUUACUUGGCAUUUCAUUUUCCUCCUGCCUUUCUGAAAAUAGGGGCACCCUGAGAAUCGAUUAAGUUUGAUGACUCAAGUUUCUCUGUAACAGCAAAAAGAUAGGUUUUGUUUUCAAAAAUGUGUUAUUUCUUUGGACCUGAAUAAAAAUUCUA